CGCACAUGUAGCUUACCCGAGUGACCUCAGAUUGUCGCAGGACCAAUGCACGCCUCUUCGGUCCAACAUUUAUGCAAGCCGGGGCAAAAUCAAUAAUUCAACGAUAAAACAUUAAAAUACUGAUUUGCCCUUCCACCGAUUGAGGUACAUUUUGAUUUGCUAAUCACACAGGCUGGUAAACGGCGCGAGAACGGUUUUCCAUGGCUGGAAUCGAAGAGCUCUCACCGGCUGCGGGCCCAGUCGAGACCCGGCCCCCAGAAGGCGAGAUCGACGAAGAUGAAGAUGAGGAGGUAUGGUUGAAUGGCAACUUGACACCUGUCACCUCGUAACUGUCAUGCACGAUCAUACAUACAGUUUCACUUGAAUGGUAUGCCUAUUUAGCUAGUUAGCUACAGCUACUGAGAGUCAGUCGUUAUGCGAGUAAUUGCUCACCGGUGUUAGCUAGCGUUAGCAUGGUAGCUAGCUAGCGUACUGUCACAUGCACGACUAGGAUAGCUGUUUUACCUGUACUGUAAUUGGCCGUACUUUAAAUUUAACUCCAUGAACUAAAGUAAGCCAGAUGUCCCAUUGUGUGGACACAUACAUUGUAGGCAUAGUCUAAAACUGUAAUGUGUCAUUCAGUAAUCUGAAGGUUUUCAAUACUAGCUAGUACCUCAGAGCUGGUUACGUUUUAGACUUUAAAAUACUUAAUUAAUGUAGGUACUAUAUACCUCCAUUCUCCAUUGGGUCUAAAAUAAGCAUGUUAUCCGUGUUGUAGUAACUUAUGCGUCUCCCUCCCCUCAGCUGGAUGAGACUCUUAUUGAGAGGCUGUGGGGUUUGACUGAGAUGUUCCCUGAUACACUGCGUUCUGCGGCUGAGGUGACCAUAUCAGGCUCAGUCACUGUGGCCAAGAAGCUGUACAGGUGAGCGUUCUCCUGAAAACGGCUGAAACCUCUCGUUUUAGAGCUUCACCAUACACAAUAAGGACAGGAGCAGUGUGUGGAUGGAGCACUAUAUUGCAUUCACAGUUCUGAACAGCUCCUCUGUAUUCCAAGGAGUGUUUUGCCUGCCCCUGGUCUUUCCAAGGACAGUCAGUUACACCAUCUGUGUUUGUUAUUAUCUACUGUAGUUAUCUCAUCAUGUUUGUUUGUUAUUUAACCCCCACCUUUCCCUCUCAUCUCACCUCCUGUUGCCGUGUCUCUUCCAGUUUCUCCCGCGCUGCCCUGUGGGUGGGCACUACCUCGUUCAUGAUCCUGGUCCUUCCGGUGGUGUUUGAGACUGAGAGACUACAGCUGGAGCAGCAGCAGCUACAGCAGCAGAGACAGGUACUGUACUAUCCCACUGACAGACUAUGUUCAGUUCCAAAUACACCACUAGCCCCUACCACUAUUUAAAAAAAAAACGUAACCUUUAUUUAACCAGGUAAGACCCAUUGAGGUUAAAAACCUAUUUUGUGAGGGCGACCUGGCAAGAAGGCAAAACAGGGAAAUAGCAGCGUGUACAUAAAAUACACACAAAAGACAGUGUCACAAGUUACAUAUACAAUUGAAGAUUAGAAACAACUGCAGCUAUCACAAACAGUGUUGUCGAUCAGAGUCUUAAAAACAGGCAAGGACACUAACCCCUAACUUUAAUAUAUUUUGAAGCAUGUUCCAGGAUGAAGUGGCAUUAUGGGAAAAAGUUGAUGUCCUAGCUAGACUCUUGUUCUUCUGAAAUGAAAGCAAUAUGGCUAAAAGUACUACCAUUUCAGACAGCAAAGUGGAGCUAUCAUCAUAUAGCCUAUACCUAUCCUAUACUUUUCAAUCUACGUGAAAAGCCUUAGGGGGUUUGAUUUGGAAUUGGGUAAAUCACUCUUUCGUUAUGAGUCAUUAGGAUCUGCUGUGUUGUCAAUUAAUAAAUGAACUAAUGUUUUUGUAAUGCCCCUUCCUUGUGUAGAUCCUGUUGGGACCCAACGCAGGGAUGUCAGGUGGAAUGCCAGGACUGAUGCCUCCCGCUCCAGUUAAAAUGUGACGAAGAUGUCGCUCAGACAGCCUUAGAGCUUUAACCAACGAGGGAAAGGGGAGGCUCAGAAGGAGAGAGAGCGAGACAAAGAAGAGGGAGGAAGAUAAUACAAAGCUGCACAUGCUCAUUCCAACAUCCAGGAUUGGCCAUUUAAGGAGGUUAGAGGAUGAUGAUGUCACUUCCUGGGUGUUGCAAUAAUGAACGUCCCUCUCGCUGUCUCUCUUACUCAACAUCCUGCAGAGACUGACUUCUGAGCACUGUCCUUUUAUUUCUUUUUUUAUAUGUAUAGCGAUAUAAAUAUGUAUGUGUUCCACAGAGUUUGGACCAGGUAGAUAAUUGAAGAAAUUGGGAUAUUAUUGCGGUUAUAAGAGGUUACCAAGAGUGUGUGUGGUCUAAAGAACAAUGUUUUCAUGUGGGUGUGUAGCUACAUUUGGCCUCAACUGUUGUUACCUGUGUUUGGUUUGGGAACGUGUUCAUUCCACUUGUAAGUGGGAAAAUCAUGGUAGACUAGACAUGACUGACAUCAUAGAUCCGUCAUUCACAAUCACAGUUGGUCAUUGAGAUCUAUAGUGUCUGCUGGUUUAAGUUGUACCUCUACAUCAGGAACAGGCUUACACUAGAGAAGCCAGGUAAGGUGACCAUGCCCAUUGAGUUGGUGACUUCUUGGUAUAUGCAUCGACUCAGAUGCAACAAAGGCCAGCAGGCCACAAGACUCUGCAAAGACUAAGCCAUAGAUAGGGUGUUAGUGUUCUUUGUUGUGAGUGUUAAAAUUCCCAUUGAACAACUUUGCACAGGGAUACCCAAUUGAAAAAGUGUUGGUGAUCAGAGUAUGUCUGUCACGUGUUGCUUGAGACUUGAUUUCAUUUGGGCAUUAAAGUCAAUCCAUCACAAAAUAUGCAUCACAAAAAGUAUAUUUUGAUAAGAUUCAAACACUUUCCCUGCAUACAGUAUAAUUCUGUAAAGAUAUUAUGUCAAUGUACACAUAGUCCUGUCAAGCCUGGAGAAUGUCAGUUACUUUUCUCUGUUGUCACCCCCUAUGGAAUUUAUGGUCUCUUACUUCAGCUUCCAGAGCUAAUUCUAUGUCUUCGACAUGACUGUAGGAAUAAAAACACCAACGAAAUUGACAUUAA